UCCUCGGCGUUCGCCGGGAGGGGAAGCGAGACGCUCGGAGUUCACGUUGCCGAGGUUAGAUGUGGCCCGCACCCCGCCCCGGCGCCGCCGGGCCGCCCGCGUCCCCUUCGGACUCCAGCUCUUCGGCAGGAGAGCGAAAAUGAAAGCAGGUUGUAGCAUCGUGGAAAAGCCAGAAGGAGGUGGAGGGUAUCAGUUUCCUGACUGGGCCUACAAAACAGAGUCCUCGCCAGGCUCCCGGCAGAUCCAGCUGUGGCACUUCAUCCUGGAGCUGCUGCAGAAGGAGGAGUUCCGCCAUGUCAUCGCCUGGCAGCAGGGAGAGUAUGGGGAGUUCGUCAUCAAGGAUCCCGACGAGGUGGCCCGGCUCUGGGGCCGCAGGAAAUGCAAGCCACAGAUGAACUAUGACAAGCUGAGCCGGGCCCUCAGAUACUAUUACAACAAGAGGAUCCUUCACAAGACCAAAGGGAAGAGAUUCACUUACAAAUUUAACUUUAGCAAGCUGGUGAUGCCUAACUAUCCAUUCAUCAACAUCCGGUCAAGUGCUGUGGUUCCUCAGAGCGCACCACCAGUGCCCACAGCCUCCUCCCGCUUCCAUUUCCCACCGCUGGACUCGCACUCCCCCACCGGGGAUGGGCCCCGAGGGCGCUUCGCCGCUGGCUCCCUGGCUGCUGCGGCCCAGGAGUCCAGCUGUGGCACCGACCGAAAGGCGGAGCCUGCGGACCUGGAGGACGGCUCGGCCCCUGAGUGGCACCGCGGCGUGGACGUCCUGUCCUCGCGGAGCGCUAUUGACGGAGGCGGGAUUGAGCACCUGAAGCGCAAGCCUGACAUCAUGCUGCCGCUCUUCACUCGGCCAGCCCUGUACCCUGACCCUCACAGCCCCUUCGCUGUUUCUCCCGUCACUGGCCGGGGAGGGGUCCUCAAUGUUCCCAUGUCGCCAGCUCUCUCGCUGACUCCCCCCGUCUUUUCCUACAGCCCCUCCCCAGGCCUGAGCCCCUUUACCAGCAGCUGCUUCUCCUUCAGCCCAGAAGAAAUGAAACGCUACCUCCAUUCCCAAGCCUGCUCUGUGUUCAACUACCAUCUCAGCCCUCGCACUUUCCCCCGCUACCCAGGGCUCGUGGUCCCACCGCUGCAGUGCCAGAUGCAUCCCGAGGAGCCUGCUCACUUCCCCAUCAAGCUGCAGCCCCCACCCAUUGGGCGGAAGAACCGGGAGAGGGCCGAGAGCAGUGAGGAGCCUGCACCCACCAGUGCUCCCGUUCUCCCUCGAAUUAAGGUGGAGCCCUCUUCUGAGAAGGAUCCCGAGAGCCUCGGGCUGUCUGCCCCUGCCCAAGAAGAAGCGGGGCCCCCCCAUGAAAGGGGCACCACUCUGAGCAGGACCAUAGGAGAGGGGAGAGACACCAUCUUUGCCCGGCCUUCUGCCCCGCCCACCUGGCCCUCUGUGCCCAGUAGCAUCCCGAACGAAGAACCUGAUGGUGAGGACAGGUCUGACAGAGAGCCCAGUGCCCCCGAGAAGAGAGAAGAUGCCCUGAUGCCUCCCAAGCUGCGACUGAAGCGGCGCUGGAAUGAUGACCCGGAAGCCCGGGAGCUGAGUAAGACUGGCGAGUUCCUCUGGAAUGGGGUGAGACCCAGAAGUCUAGCGACAGCUGCGGCUGAUGCCUAGAACUGCACGUGGCAUGGGAGCUGUUUAUAUUACAAUCAAAUGCAUACAUGUAUUUAUUUAGCAAGAUGAGGGGGGGUGCUGGUUUGAUCUGGGGCAUAGACUUGGGCUUUUCUGUUGGAUGGCAUGGGUGUCCUCUAUUGUAAAUUAGGUGGGUUGUAAACAUUUUUUUUCCUGGUGAGUAGGACAUAGGGAGGUUGGAAAGAGCCUAUUUCCUGUGGAAGGCUUAUACUUCCUAAAAAGGACAGUCCCUCAGAGUCCAGGUCCUUUGUAGUCCCGUGGCAGUUCAGGUUCCACGGUUCUUUGUUGUGUUUAUACACAGAAAGCCAUUCGUGUGAGAGAGAGAGAGAGAGAGAGAGAGAGGGAAAGGCCAUGGCUAGGAGGUGGAGCAGUGCGAAUCACUGCUGAGUAUCUUGCCUGAACUAUUUACUUGAAGAGAGGAGUGAGUCACCUCAGUCUGCUGGGGUGGAGGGUGUCCAGAUGUUUCUUUCCCUGCCUCUCCUCUCUUCUCCUCCUCCUUUCUCUCUCCCUCCUUCUCUACUUCUCUCUAUCUCUCUCUCUGUCAUUUAGGAUUUUUCUUUCAUUUUUGGAAAAUGCUUUCAGGACGUGUGUGUCCUGCCAGUCCCUGUGGGCUGGGAGGACACAGGAGCUGACCCUCUCCUCUGAGCUGCAGGGUUGAGGUGGACAGCAAACCCUGGUGCAGGUUCCUUGGACUUUUCACCUACUAAGAAGCCAUGAGGAGUUGUAAACUCUUGAUCAGGGAAGAAAGAAAAGUACAGGAGGAAGUAACCCAAUGCCUUUUAAAACAAAUGACGAAAAUGCUCUUCAUUUUUCUUUUUCCAUUGUGGGUUUGGAAGACCAAACCAAAGUCAGACUGUGAGCAAGUUCACUGAGAAGCAUGACAGUGUUGUUGAAGAUGUCUUUCCAUUGUGUCUGGUUCUCUUACCAUUUUGCUGAAGUGGAGCCUUAAGUAUGAACAUACUUUAAGAUGAUGCGGGUCUGUCAGCGUCAGCCUGUGAAGGGUGUAGACACUGUUCAGAUAACCCAGGAAUAUUGAGACACAGUUAAAUUCCUGUGUGACUGUCACUCCCUGUGCUGUUACUGAGAUGGCAAAGGGCAGUGCUGUGGGAACACAGGACAAAUGCUGACCCGGAAAUGUAGAAGGUGGCUUGGCGAGCUUGUAACUGUUGACGCUGACGGGAGAGGUGGGAAGAAGGCACAGAUGGCAGCCAGGUCCAUGCCUCACGAUCCAAGGUUGCCAGGUGCCAAAAGGCCUGGGAAGAGAAGGAGUCCGUGUCUGUCCUGUUCUGGCAUUGCCGUCUUGUCAUCCCCAUUUGCCCAGAUUGUUCUGAGCUUCAUGAGACUGCAGUUCACAGUGACUAUCGUUCCUUCAUGCAGAAUUCCCUGAACUUCAAAGGAGUGAAGCACAACACUAACACUAGGGGCGUAGCGCGGUAACUCACCUCUUGUGUGCGCACGUGUGCCUGCAGAGUGCAGGGAACACCUGGCUGUCGCUCAGCUCCAUCCGGCGCCAGGCAGCAGGGAGAGAGUCAACACCUGUUGAGACGGGGUGCCAUGGGAGUGCAUCUGGAGUCGCACUGACUCCUGACUCCACCACUUUAGCCCAGGAUAGCUCUAUACGCCUGCUAACAUUGGAGGGCUGUCUCUACUGGUUGGGGCUAUUUUUUCACACUGGAGUGCAUACACAAAAGAGGGACUCAGGAAAGGUUAGAACAGGUCAGCGACAUAGUAGGUGACUUGGGAUGACUCAAGUUCAUCAUUCUAUUUCUUGACAAGUGUCCUCACUUGGUCCAAAUUCCGCGAGUGUCUCCCAGGAAUGGGACUUGGAGAGUGGUCUGUUAGGACGCAGGCUUUGGUCAAGCCGCAGAAGUCUCCUUUCAGGCUGCCCUUGGUGCUUGUGUGUCGCUCCAUCCCUGCACCUUGACUGACUGAACCACAAAGCAAGCCCACCCAGCAGGUGGAGGAGGGCUGUCUGCCUGGAUUGCUUAUCUAACCAGCAAGGCCAGCUGGCUGCCCACUGUCCACUAGAGGGGAGGGCCAGCAGGUGUCAGUAUGAACUCAGGAAUAGAAACAUGAGGCCUUUAAAAUUAGAGGGAAGAAACCCAUGAAGCCUGCCUGUAACCCCAGAACCCAAGUGCCAGGGCCACUUACCAGAUGCUGCUUCCAUUGAGCAUCAAAAAUCACUGCGUCUACACUUGAAAACAGUUCUUAAAAUGUUGAAUUCCAUGAAAAAUGUUUUGGGGCUUUAAGAAUUGGUGUUUGUUUCAUUUGAUUGCCAUUCCACUAGUCCUUGUUGAUUGGUUUGCACUGCACACUGGGGUUGAGGUUCCAGGGGAGGGUCCUUAUACAGGGCUGACCUCGGGCUUCCCAGGAGGUAGAUCAGGGAAUGUGGCGGUCACUAAUACUUGCUGGGGCAAAGGAGUGAGACUUUCUCUGUCCCCUCAGUCCCCGCCCAGCAUUAACCUGUCACCAGCAUGGUAUGAAACCGCAGCCUUCCCCUUCCUAGAGCUUCUCAUCGCUGUUCAACAGCAGGCGGGAAAGGGGACAAGAUCCAGGCCGCCACCUCUUCAAACUUCCUUGUGCCAAAUGUAUAAAACGUUGCAAUUGUAAGUCUGUUAAGAUUUCUCCCAAGAUCUUGCUCCUGCACACAGCUUGCUCUUCCAGCUGUUGGAGAGUAGAUCUCUGAAGGGCAUUCAGCCUGGCUGAGCUUGCCUUUUUUUCUGAAGAAUGAAUAGAAGUAAAAUACAAAAGACACCAAGUCCUUCCACCCUAGACAUCAAGCUGCACUGCAUUAAAUAAACCCAGUUCACUAAUACAGAGAACUGCUGCACCCUAGCAACCCAUGGGCCAAGAAACUUCCAGAAGCAUUAAAAAAAAUGGUUGUAGAGUCAGGUGGCUGUUUGUCCCUUGUUUUUAUUUAUUCUAUAAUUAUGUUUGUGCUUUCUGUUUUGUAAACAGUAAUGGGACUUACUUUUAUGUAUUUUAAAAGAAAACUUUGAUUCAGUCUUUUAAGAACUGUUCCAUUUUUUGAUUUCUUUUUGAGAAAAAAGUUAUGAGUUAAUUAGUUUUUCAAUAUUUAGGCAUUCUUUGAAUUACAAAAUUGUGAUGCAGGGAUUUGUGAAUGAGACAUUCACAGUGAAAGAUGACUUCAUAGUUACCCAUGUACAUAAAGUGUAAGUACUCUGAGCUCCAUCGUGCAGUGCCUUUUAGACGUUCUGCUUUCUAUAAAGUCUUCAAAUUUUUGCAUAUAUUAUAUAUAUGUAAUGUUACAGAAAUAUAUGUAUAAUAUACAUAUUUUUUCCAGGGGUAUCUGAUAGCUCUGUAUUUUGUUACGGAAGUCGAAAGAAAAAAGUAU